AUGGCUCUCCCAAUCUCACUCCUCUUCCGACGAUACAAUAACGCCUAUGACGACAAGAUAUCAUCAUCGCCACCUCUCCCAGGCGCAUUCCCGGAACUGUCUUCAUCCUCGGCAAGCUCCUCAAAUGCAAGCUCAUCGUCCUUACUCUCCACGAGUACAAUCGACUCGGUCGCUUCAUUAUCAUUAUCAAACGAAUCCAUACUAGUAGAAUCCCCAACAACAGACGAUGCACAACAAUUAAAUCAACCAACAGGGCUGGACGCAUUGCCUACCGAACUGUGCAUUCGUAUAUUCUCGUAUCUGGAUGUACCGAAACUGCUUAAAGCGUCGAUGGUGUGUAAAGGGUGGAAUGAGAUGGCGUAUGAUGGGAAUCUGUGGGGGUGUAUUGAUAUGGGCGAGUACUACAAGUAUAUUGGGCAGACACAGUUGCAGCGAUUGGCGAGGAGGUCGGCUGGGUUUUUACGAUAUGCUAAUUUCAGGGGCUGCUUGCAACUAACCUCGGCAGUCAUGCGAGCGUUCGCAGUAAACUGUCACAAUAUCGAAUUCCUAUGUCUAGCCGGCUGCCGCUCAGCAGGACCCGCCUCCAUCGCAUAUUUACUAGCCAAGUCUCCAUCACUAAAGACUCUUGAUUUCUCUGGUCUCGGAUCAGUAAACAACACAACCUUGGAAAUCUUGAGCAGCCACUGCCCAACUCUAGUCUCAUUAAAAGCCUCCUUUUGUCGUACCAUCACAGUAGUAGGAAUCACAGCACUAGCACGAGGAUGCCCACAACUAUCAGAUCUACAGUUGGCUCACUGUGGAGGUCUUGAUGAUGAUGCAGUUAGUAUGAUGGCCACGUUACAUGGACUUAAACGUCUCGUGUUGGCGUCAUGUCCGUUUAUAACUGAUCAGGCAUUGAUUAGUUUAUCAAAGUCAGAGUCUGUGGGUACAUUACGACUCUUGAAUAUAUCCAACUGUCCACUGGUUACGGAUGUUGGGCUCGUAGUUAUGGUAAAAGCUACUAGGAAUUUAGGAACAUUGGAAGUAGCUGGAUGUCGUCUCUUGACUGAUGUCGCCGUAACCACUGUAGCUACCAACUGUCCUCGACUACAUCACUUGGACUUGGAAGAAUGUGUCCAAGUGACCGAUAACGCACUCAUAACAGUAUCAGCACACCUGAACAACACCCUACAAGCAAUCUCGUUAUCAUAUUGUGAUGCAAUAACCGAUGAAGGUGCUCUAUCGCUACUACGACAAUGCCGGUAUCUGGAGCAUCUGGAAUUAGAUAACUGCUCAAGAAUUACCAAUGAGGUCUUAUUAUUUAUUGGUCGUGAAGGGAUUGCUAGUGGAUUGAAGGAACUUGCUGUAUGGGAUUGUCGAUUAUUGUCUCCCUCGCAACUGGUAGCUGUUGGAAGUACCUCAGGAGUCAAGAUUAGGUCGUUUUAUACGAGAUCGCAGGAGGGACGAUCAAACACCAAUAAUAAUAAUAAUCACAACAACCACAACAACCUUCCAAUGCCCAUGAAUCUUAUAAACAAUAAUAAUGCAAGACGUGGUCGGCCAUCUUGUAAUAUCUUCUAG